AUGUGGCUUUAUGGCAUUACUAUGAUAUCGAGAUGUAACAGCUACCUUCUGAGUAGCGACGAUGACGAUGAUGACGACGACGAUGACGAUGACAGCGGCGCGAGGACGCCUCCGCGGGUGAACCCGCAGAUGGAGGCGUCAUGGGACGCGAGGACGAGCCCUCCUGUGAGCUCGCAGGAGAGCUUGCAGGAUAGUCCGCAGACGAGGGCGAGGAUGCCUCCGCGAAGCCCGCAGGCGCCAGACAGUUCUCACGAGGGGGCGUGUCAUCCUAGACAUAGCCACCGGGAGGACCGUUUGCUUCUACCAUUAACGUGGAGCUACCUUCUGAGUAGCGACGAUGACGAUGAUGACUACGACGAUGACGAUGACAGCGGCGCGAGGACGCCUCCGCGGGUGAUCCCGCAGAUCCCUCCCGCGGUAUCUCCAUUCCACCCAUUGCAUGAUUCUCGCGCGCGAUGUAAUUCGACGAAGAAAGAAGGAGGCGUCAUGGGACGCGAGGACGAGCCCUCCUAUGGCAACGGAUAG